CUCUGCAGUGAGAGGGCUAAGGCAGGAAGGAAAUGACAGACAGCGAGAGACUUAGCGAGAGACUUAGAGAGAGAGAGAGGAAAACAUCAGACUCUGAUCACUGGGGUUUUCCACUGCGUAGGAUUUUAAAAAGAGAUGACAAGUAGGUAAAGCAGGAGAGGAACAUAUGCCGCCUCACACACUUCAGACAGCAGAGAGAGUGCGGAGACCAGAGGAAGAGAUUUCACCUGUGUGAUGUACUCAUUUUAGAAAAGCUGUCAUUUCAAAGGUUAGGAGCCAUUUCAGAGUCAUUGUAGACUGAAGUUUAAACACAAGUGGCUGGCUGUAAUCGAAUGGGCAACAAAUGGCCAAAAAUUGCACAGAUGAUCAAUUCUACGGGAAAAAUGGAGCAUGCUGCGAUCAAUGUCCUGCAGGACAAUACAUGCUAAGUGACUGUGACGGCAAAAAGAAGACAGUGUGUGCCAAGUGUGUAAACGGAUACACAGCCACUAAAAACUACUUGCCAACAUGUCUUGAAUGCAAGUCAUGCAGCCUUGUCAAUCACCAGCAGAAAGUAAAGGACUGCACCUCUAAGGAGAAUGCAGUGUGUGAGUGUGUGAGAGGUUUCUACUGUACAGAGGACAAUUGUGAACAUUGCAGUCCAGUCCAAAGAUGUCCUCUGGGUCAAGGGGUCAGGGUUGAAGCAACUCGCACAAACGACACAAUCUGUGCACCGUGUGAAGACGGGACGUACAGCAACGUCACAGAUUUCCACUCUGCCUGUCGACCCCACACCAGGUGUGAGGACUUGGGAAGGGAAUUGAUAACUCCAGGAACUACAGAAUUGGAUGCCUUCUGUGGCAACUUCAAAUCUUACUGUCCCUGGAUAUUACCCGCCGGCCUGUGGUCAGGACUGGUGUUGACCGCGCUCAUCCUAUUUGGUCUGAUGUGCUGGAGGGCAAAGAGAAAAUCCUACAAAGCAGAGAAAAAGGAAACUAAGGCAUUUUUUAAACCGCCUUUCAAGACUACAGGAGACGGCUCCAGUGUUUCCAUUACUCUGGUGGAGAUGACUCCACUAGCACCGUUCACCCAGCUGCAGCCUUUACCGCAGAAUGGACACUGCCCGGAGAUCUCAAAGUUCCCCCUGUUUAAUGCAGAUAAUGAGGUCAGCUGGAGCAGACAACACAGUGUGGACAGCAAUCGUCCUACAACUCCACUGAAGGUCUCAGUUUCUUUUGCUGAAUCCACCCACACCAAUGGAAGUGGUGGAUACUGCACCGGUAUCCUCAGGAGCUACUCAGAGCCACAGGAGGACGAGUGGUGUGGGACAUAAACAAGUAAAUGUGUUUGUUACAGUGAAUGAAGGAGCGCAAUCAUUCUCUGACUUGCUGCAACGAGUUCUCAAAACCCAAAACAGGAACUAUGUGUUCCUCAAAACUAAGCAAGGUUUCUUUUUUUCAGAAGAGUUAAGGUAGCUGAAUGUUUGCUGCCCCCUGCUGGACUUUACUGAGCACUUCAGUGACAUGUUUGUGAAUAAUUUACAAUGAAGCAAACAGCUUCAAAAAGUAUGUUUUUUUAAACACUGCUGCAGCUCUGUUUUGGAGUCGAUCUGUUUGAUGUGAAUAACUAAAGGUAUCCUUAUCUGUGGGUUUAGCUACAUCCCAGUGGUGUUGAAUAAGUUUGAGAAAUGUUUUUCUUACUCAGGGCAAAUCCCACCAAAAGGCCAAAACUAACAAUGAGUGUAUCCUUCCAACAACUAUGUCUUAGUAGUAAAAACAGUUUAUUCCUCUUGGCCAUGGAGCUCCAUUGUUGUUCAUAAAUGCACUGAAUGAUCAGGAUAACAUGUUACUUUGUUAUCAGGAUGAACUUAGGCGCUGUAUUUAAAAUGUUUGCUGUUAUUAUACUGUUAAUGUAUCCGCAGCAGAAAAUAGACCCCCAGCAAAUGCUCUGUUUAAUCCUGUUUAAUUAACAUUUUCUGAAGACUACAACGCCCAUCUGUUUCAGAGUAGAGUGAGACCUUUUCUUUUUAUUGAAGCUAAAUAUUUGUUUGUUAGACCUGGGUGUUUUAAAUAAUGUCACACAUUCCUAAGAACAAAUGGGUUAGGCUGAGUGUUGUUGGUCUUUUCAUGGCAUUUGUUAUAAGGAUUUAAGAAUUGUGUAAUGCUUGAUGCAAACAAUGUAUUUUGUAAUUGAAAUGUAUAGGAUAUUAAAUUUAACUUAUAUUGUUCCAACCCCUGCCGUUGAUGCAGGUCAUGAAUUAUACAUCUUUUAAAUGACGCUGUAAUUACCCUUACUUUUCAUUAUUUAUGAAACUUUCUAAAACUUUAAGAUAUGCACACACACAUUCAGGUUAGGAAUUGUUAAAGGAGAAUUUGUAUAAGCCCAAAAACUUCUUUAAAGGUAUUUUGUAAAGCAGAUUUUGACCCCUGAUUCCUUGGCUUUUUGCCUUUAAUCGGAUAGGAGAGUGGAGAGUGACAGGAAAGUGGGAGAGAGAGUCGGGGUGGGAUCCGGAAAGGACCACAGGUCGGGAAUCGAACCCGGGUCACCGGCAUAGUGCAGGUGCCCCAGCCAGUUGCGCCACGGCCGGGGUCAUUCCUUGGUAUUCUUAAGAGUGAUGUGAUGGAUUAAAGAUGCAACAGCGACGUAGUGUAUGAUUUGUUUAUAACAUAGGGAAGAUAGAUAGUGCAAUAUAAGUAGGGAAUGCUCACACAAGUCAUUCUUCUCCGCUUGCUCUCUUCUGUUAGUACCACCACACAGAGACAAUUAAGAUGUACAUAUCAGUAUUUUCACAUAAUAUUCAUUCUGAUGUUGAUUACAAUUAAAAACAAUAAACAUGAUUUAGAUCUUGUACCAA